CGCUCUCUCAGGCCCCCCUUCCCACGCCCAGUGCGCUGUGGGAUAGUGGCACUAUAAAGUAUAUCCUCUCUCGGAGAAAGAUAAGAAGCCCGAGACGGGAGGGGAUGAAGAUGGCGGACGCCAAGCAAAAAAGGAACGAACAGUUGAAACGGUGGUUAGGGUCGGAGACAGACAUCGAGCCUCCUAUUCUGAAAAAGAAGAAGACGAAGGUGAAGUUCGACGAUGGCGCCGUGUUUUUGGCUGCCUGCUCAAGCGGCGAUACCGAGGAGGUGCUCCGAAUGAUUGACCGGGGUGCUGACAUCAACUACGCCAAUGUAGACGGUCUGACUGCCCUCCACCAGGCAUGCAUAGAUGACAACGUGGACAUGGUGACGUUCCUGGUGGAACAUGGGGCUGCCAUCAACCAGCCCGACAAUGAGGGCUGGAUCCCCCUCCACGCCGCAGCCUCCUGUGGAUACAUGGACAUAGCAGAGUAUCUGAUUGGCCAGGGAGCCAGUGUGGGGGUGGUGAACAGUGAGGGGGAGACACCACUGGACAUCGCUGAGGAGGAGGCCAUGGAGGAGCUCCUGAAGAAUGAGAUCAACCGACAAGGCGUGGACAUCGAGGCGGCCAGGAAGGAGGAGGAGCGGAUCAUGCUGAGGGACGCCCGGCAGUGGCUCAACAGCGGAACCAUCAACGACGUCCGACACGCCAAGUCCGGGGGGACCGCACUCCACGUGGCCGCCGCCAAGGGAUACGCUGAGGUUUUAAAGCUUUUAAUCCAAGCAGGGUAUGAUGUAAAUAUUAAAGACUUUGACGGCUGGACCCCGCUCCAUGCUGCUUCACAUUGGGGCAAAGAGGAGGCCUGCAAGAUACUGGUGGAGAACCUGUGUGACAUGGACCUUAUCAAUAAAGUGGGUCAGACUGCUUUUGAUGUUGCAGAUGAAGAUGUCCUUGGCUACUUAGAGGAAUUACAGAAAAAGCAGAAUCUGCUCAAUAGUGAAAAGAAGGAUGUUAAAAAGUCUCCCUUGAUAGAAACGACGACCACUGGGGACAACAAUCAAAAUCUGAAAUCCAUUAAGAGCAAAGAGACCCUCCUCUUGGAGCCCGAGAAGCCCGCCCCGCGCAUCGAGACCCUGGAACCGGAGAAGGUGGACGAGGAAGAGGAGGGCAAGAAGGACCAGGAGUCCAGCUGCUCCAGCGAGGAGGAAGAGGAGGAAGACUCGGAGUCAGAGACUGAAGCCGACAAGAGCAAGACGCCUGUCCCUGUGAGCAACAGUAACGGCACUGCUGUGGUGCCAACGCCGACCAGCGUUACGGUGUCCACCUCCCCAACCAGCCCCACUAACCAGGUGACUCUCACCUCGCCUGUCAAGAAGGUGGCCCAGCAGGUGUCCCCUGCCGGUAAGGUCUCUCCUAAAGAAGUCUCCCCUAAAGAUAAACAGGAGGAUGACAAGACUAAGAAAUCGGACGAGUCCCCGGCGUCGUGGCGCCUGGGUCUGAGGAAGACGGGCAGCUACGGGGCGCUGGCGGAGAUCACGGCCACUAAGGAGGCCCAGAAGGAGAAGGACACGGCCGGGGUGAUGCGCUCGGCCUCCAGCCCCCGCCUCUCCUCCUCCCUGGACAACAAGGACAAAGAGAAGGAAAAAGACAAAGGAACCAGACUUGCCUACGUUGCCCCCACCAUCCCCAGGAGACUGGCCAGUACAUCGGACAUUGACGAGAAGGAGAACAGGGACUCUGCUGCUAGUCUGGUACGUAGCGGCUCCUACACCAGGAGACGCUGGGACGAUGAGCUGAAGAACAGUGAAGGAAGCGCUUCCACCAAUCGAACAACACCCAGCUAUCAGCGCAGCACGUCCCACACGCUAACGCUAGGGCGGAGUGGCAGCACGCGGGACGUGCCAGCCAAGUCCUCGUCUGCCUCCAGCUUGGACCCUAUCACCUGUAACACUAAACCCUGGCAGUCGCCCACCUCCCACUACCAGUCUUACAGCAUUUACCGCAGUGGUUCCUUUGGCAGGAGGCACGAGGACCUGGGUUCGACCACCUCUUCCUCCACUAGCACCACCACCACCACCUCGUCUGUUACCUCGCCCACCGGCCACCGUGACCGCAGCCUGCUCUCCAGCCUGGGCUCCUCCACCCGCACCGGAUCCUCCAGCCUCACCAGCAGGUACUGGGCAGAGGAGAGUGCGGAGAGGGAAAAGGAGCGGGAGAAGGAGUCUGCUGCAGUCAUCCCUACGAUUAACACUGGUUCUACCACCACCACCACGUCCACUACUGGCACCAUCAUUGGCUCUGACGGCAGGGAGAGACGCAGGUCCGACACGCGCACAUCGUACCUCACGCCUGUUAGGGAUGAAGAGUCAGAGUCCCAGAGGAAAGCCCGCUCCAGACAGGCUAGACAGUCCAGACGGUCUACCCAGGGUGUGACUCUGACUGACCUCCAAGAGGCAGAGAAGACCAUCGGCAGGAGCCGCCCCACACGGACCCGGGAGGAGGAGAAGGAAGAGAAGGAGAAACAAGACAAGGAGAAGCAAGAGGAGAAGGAGACUGGUGAGACCAAGGAGGACGACUACCGGUCGAGGUACCGCAGCUUCGAAGAGACUUACCAGCGCUACCGUCCCUCCACCACCUCGACCACCUCCACCCUGAGCACGGCCUCCACCACCUCCAGCUCCCUCAACAGGCCCAACAGCCUGAGCAGCAUCACUUCCUCCUCCAGCUCCCUCAACAGGCCCAACAGCCUGACGGGCAUCACCUCUUCCUAUAGCCGCUCCUCCAGGGACACUGAGAAAGAAUCCGACAAGAAGCAGCAGCAGGAGGAGGAGAAGGAGGGAGAGGAUAAGUCCCAGCCCCGCUCCAUACGUGAUCGCCGGCGGCCCCGUGAGAAGAGACGCUCCACCGGGGUGUCUUUCUGGACCCAAGAUGGGAGUGAUGACAAUGACCCAGACCAGUCGGCGGACUCCGAGGAAGGCAGCAUCAAGGGUGAACCUCAGGGGUGUGUCCUAUGCAGUGCUGCGGAGCGGACAGUGAUGUGGCCUGGCGCUUGGCUGCAGAUCAGACGCACACAGUGGGAGGAGGAGGGCUGGUGGACGGAGCAACCAGCCAGAAAGCCAGCAUAUCUCUUUGUUGUUGAAGGCUGCACGUUGGGGCGGGGCCUUAACGGAACACCAAAUAGGAAAUGGUCUAUUAUCUCUGCAUGAAUAGGAAAGCAUUCAGGAAGAGCUGCUCCCUCCUGCCAGAGUUGAUUUGGGUUUCUCCCUGGGCUUGGAAUUGCCAGGGACCUCGCGAUACAAUGUUAGGAUACUUAGGGGCCGAUACACGAUGUGUAUUGCGAUUUGAUGUUUCAAACUAUUGAUCACUACAUGUCUGCUACAGAGAGACGAGCGCAUGUGAAAGUGAUUUUUGAUCAGUCAUGGAAAUAAAAGGGCUGAAAACAACACGUUCGCUCACUAUUUAAGAAGAUGGAGAACAAGCUAUAGGCUGAACAAUACAGGAGUUUUGUUGUAGGUACGGUCAACUAACGUUACCUGGCAAUUGUUACCUGGUUGAAUAGUUUCCUGGUAUUUUACAAAUGUUCCAUCCUGAGAAUAAAUCACUUUUCUCCCGUGUAACCCGGCACUUCCCAUCAAAACCGGAGGUGUUAUUCAAAAGCAUUUAUAAAGCAUAUAAAUAGGCCUAUGUCUGGAUUUGAUUAGAGCUUUGUUGGAAAAUUCAAGCCUGAUGCAACCUGAGCCUGAUUGAAUACAUAUUAUGUGCCCUACAUUAAUGACAAUGCGUCGAAUGCCAAAUGAUUGGGACGUUAUCCAAUACAUAGGCUAUAUGAUAUAUAAGCUACUGCACAUUAUGCACGGCAGAAAAACACAAAAGCGCAUAGCUACAUCUAUGGAUAAGUAAAUGAAACAAGUGGCAGUAGUCUUUUGUGUGUGAACUGCAUUGUGUGGACUGGAAUUACACCCCUUGGUCUAACCAUGAUAAAGCAGGUGCAGCACAUGCAGCCUGCAAAGUUACAAGUAAAGGCUAGCAAAUUUGAUUUACAUUUUAAGAUAUUUCCUGUUAUUAGCUGACCUUUCUCUCUCUAGUGUUGCUCCAUUCCUUCCUCGCUUUCAACAGUUAAAUUAAAUAAGUUGUGUUGUCCAUCAUUCUAAUGACAUACUUGAAUAAUGUAAGACUAGAAUGAGAUGUAGGUGUUCACUCCGUCGCGCAAUCGCUCUUUCAAACUACCUGAGUUCUAUUGGCUGUUGCGUUUAACAUUCGAACACACAACUCUUGUUUGCUCUCUUCAAAUAGUCUAUUGGUGUAAGUAAUGCAGAAAAAUGUCCAGCAAGGUAUUCUAGUCUAGCUUUUCCUGCAUGGGACUCCAAGAGCUAAGGUGUCUUUUUAGAGGCCAGCGAGCGGAGCACGGGUGUGUGCAUAUUGCGCAAGAGACGGAGGCAAUAAAUUAGAAGCUUAUUAUGCAUAAUCUCUCUUCAAUCUUGAACGGAAUUGUCUAGUUUGAAUGGAAUUGGAGAGCGAGCGUGCUCGCCCGUACAUUGAUUUAAAGCCACGAUAUACGAUUUUUAAAACGCUGCAAUUAAAAAAUAAAUAAAGAUCUUUACAAUUGGGAAAAAAUAAGGUGAUGGAGAUGUGUAAAUUAGAUGUGCAUUCAGUACAAAUCGAUACUUGCAGUCAAAGUAUCAAUAGAAUAUUGUGAUAUGUAACUAGUUUCACCCCUCCAGUUCUGCCCACUUGAUUUUAGGUGGUAAACAUAGCUGGCCUUGUGGUGGUGAAAGUCAAGGAAAACUGGAGUUAUUGAAGAAUGUCCCUGCAUUUAUCAAUUACUUGCAGUGUGACGUGAAGCACUUUUUUCCUUGAUUUGAGGGAGAUUUGAAUUGGUCAAGAUCUUCAAAAUAUAUCACAACCUGAGGGAAGUAGGUUAAAACAUGCUUUGGUGUUUUUGUUAAGCAGUAUAUUUUUCUGACACCUGUAAUUCGACCAGUUGUGCAUGUCAGUUUUCUUCCCCCUCACCAUUUUAAUCUCUGUACUAAGGUCUUAAAGAUAUCCUGACACACAAGGGCUUUUCCUGGAGAUCGGGCUCCUUCAGCUUCAGGAAACCAACAGCAAUUUGAACACUGUUGUAGGCUUGGCCCUCUGACCCACAUCCCGCCUGCUCUGAGAAACACUGCGGGAGCUAGGAGAGGCUGGGAUCAGGGGCAGGCCCUUAAGGCACUGGCAGUCUUGGCAGCCAUUCAGGAAUGUGUGUGUGUGUGUGUGUGGGGGGGGGCUGUUGCAGUGCAGAGGGGUCAGGUGCUAUGAGAAGGGAGAGGGGCUGGACACUAAUUCAUCCAACAUCUAGCUUUGUGAACUCUUUGCAAAUCACUGAGGCAGACCUUUUUGAAGCCAAGGAAAUGAAUAACCUAGCACUAUCUAAUUUAGUAUUUACAAAAAGAUGUGCUCGGAGAAUAGAAUGCACCUUAAAGAUCCUGUUUUCAUUGUGAUGCUCCAAACAUUCCCCAGCAGAACAACAAAACCCUCAAAUGCACUCUUAAUUGAUCAUCUACAUUCCACAUACUGCGCUCGUCUAGACAACAGGAAAACUGCUUUGAAUCGGUCAUGUGAAUUUGCUUGUAUUAACAUCGGGUAAAGACAUUAAAUCACUGCUGUUUUUCUUU